AUCCUAUCACUUUACGUAUUAUCGUGAAGUUUGCAACAGUUACGCCGUGAACUAUACAUUUGGAGUUGCCCUGAGGAAGGCUCCGAAGAACUCCCCCGCCUGCUCUCCACCAGCCCCGGAGCUCAACACGUGCACACCACACCCAGAGGCCAGGAAGCCGGCCGGGAGCCGCCAUGGCCGAGUGCGAGGAGCUGGUGGAGAGCGGCGGUGGCGCCGAGGACAUGCCGCGCGUGGUUGCCGCCCUCGCCGGCAUCCUGGAGCGCGUCGCGGAGCGCAACGACGCGGCGGCGGCCGCGGAGCUCUCGGCCGCCGUGGCGCCGGCGUCGGCGUUCCGGGCGACGACCAAGCCGGGCAUCUCGGUGCGCGCGUACAUGGCGCGCAUCGCCCGGUUCGCUGGGUGCAGCCCCGCGUGCUACGUCGUCGCCUACGUCUACCUCGACCGCCUCCUCCGCCGCGGGCGACGACUGGCCCUGGCCGUGGACUCGUACAGCGUGCACCGCCUGCUCAUCACCUCCGUGCUCGCCGCCGUCAAGUUCAUGGAUGACAUAUGCUACAACAACGCCUACUUUGCCAAGGUCGGGGGCAUCACCCUAGCGGAGAUGAACUACCUGGAGGUGGACUUCCUGUUCGGCGUCGGCUUCGACCUCAACGUCGCGCCGGAGACGUUCGCCGACUACUGCGCCGUGCUGCAGUCCGAGCUGCUGUGCGCGGAGGCUCCCCCGCCGCCGCUCAGGCUGCAGCACUGCUGCCUCUCCGACGACGACGACGCCGCCGCCGGAUGCAGCGCCCAGCAUCAGCUCGCUGCAUGAAACCGAUCGAAGCCGAUCGAUCGACGGCUGGUCGGUGUCUUGGGAGCAGGUGUUGUACGCGGGUGCACGUGCACGGUGCGUGAGGGCAUGUGUGUGUCUCCCUCCGUAUGUAGUCAGCAGGUAGUAGUGGCUGAGUUCUUGGUGUGCACUCUUCCUCCAUUUUUGUUUGGUGUAGUGGUGGUGUAGGGGAAUCAUCAAACAUAGUCUUGAUUAAAUUGUACCGGUAGUAGUAGAUUGUAUAUACAGUGUUGGUCACUUCUGAAAUCUUGUGCGUAGUCUGAUGG